GCCCCGUCCGCUUGAAAAGGUGCCGCGGAGAGUUGGUUCCCAUUUUGAUCAUGCUGAGUACGCUGUGCUAUCUGUGCUGACCAAGGGAGUGCUUGCCAAGAUGCAAGUCACUUGAUGACAUCAAACCUUGAAACGUUUCUUGAACUUGCGCUUUGAGCGUAGGUUGUGGCUUUCGGAGGAACAACCUACUUGGCCGGUUUUCUCCUCAGGGAAAACCUUCCCAAUUGUUGAUUUGUUUGAACAAGUAUUGUCAUACAGAAUCGUUUUUGAUGAUCCUCGUUUGUUGUAACAUGUUUUUCUUCUCAAAGUCUUUCGAUGUUUUCCUAUGUGUUCGAUCUUCGUUCCUAUUCUGCAUAGGCCGCCGCGGUGGGAGCUGCAUGCCUCGCCUUCAAGAAAAGGAAACCCGAAGUGAUCCUUUGGAAUCGGCAGUUUCCUCGAAGGACCGGCUGGAUCGCCUGCAUCGACGCAGCAUGGGAACAAUGGGAACAACGUCCAAUCUCACAAAUCCCCGGGUUCAACUGGCUGCCGCAUGUGUACUGCAGGGCAGACUGGAGACCCAGGAUUCUCUGAAGAGCGAAAGCUCCUUACAACUUCCAUCCCCCCGAGGCGAGAGUGAGCGACCCUUUUUACGGAAGUCUCGGCCGAAGACAGCCACAGCACGGAGAGAUGGACGCGACCCACGAGAUGCACCACGCUCUGAAAGUGAACAUGUAAGGCGUUGCAGCGACAGGCCGCAGUGGGAUGGACCACGAGUGCAGGUGGACAAGGAUGCACCUCCGGAUGAAAUGGCACUGUCCCCGUCGACUGUGAGAUCAAGCGGCACACGGACAUUUGCCUCCAGGCCACCUGCGAUUGGCGACAAGAUCGCCAUGGCAGCCUUGCGAUCUUGGGCAGUCACGGCCACCGCUUUGGCCAAGGCAAAUUUAGAACAAGAUCGUGAGAGCUCACGCCAAUAAAAGCGGGACAGCAAAUGAACAGCAAGCUUCAAUAGGUAGGCUUCAGGCUGAAAUGCUACUGCGGCUUGCAGCUAACGAAAGGGGGUGCAGAUGGCAUGUUGUGAUUCUCACUUAGCCAGUACUUCACCUCCUUCAAUCUAGGUUCGAGCUAGGCCAAGCUUGCUCGAAAGCAAAAGCAUAAUGGCAUAGAUGCCUCAAAAAGGAUCAACGCUUGCCAAACUUGCCGCAAUGUGCUUGAGUCAAACAGACAUGAGAUGACAAGCCAUGGCUCUUUCUUUUGUUCAGCUUCUGGCUCAGUUCCAGGCGCAUUCAAACAGCUUUGAC